AUGGCACUCACCAGUCAGCUCCGACGUGUCUCUGGCGGUCAGUGGGUGUCGGGGCCCAGGCUGGUCCCUCGGUCGCUCCCUGUGUCCGAGCUGAUCCGGCCCCGGUGCUCAGAGCUUUUAUGGCUGAUCCGGGGGCACGUUCCUGGAACCCCCAACUUCUGCUUUCCUGGAAUGGGGCUGGUAUUGCAGUGCCUCUGCAACGGCUCUGGUGACACCAGCGAGACCAGUGACACCAGCAGCACCAGUGAGACCAGUGACACCAAUGAGACCAGUGACACCAGCAGCACCAGUGAGACCAGUGACGCCAGCAGCACCAGUGAGACCAGUGACACCAAUGAGACCAGUAAGACCAGUGACACCAGUGAGACCAGUGAUAUCAGUGACACCAGUAAGACCGGUGGCACCAGUGAUAUCAGUGACAUCAGUGAGACCAGUGGCACCAAUGUGACCAGUGACACCAGUGAGAGCAGCGAGACCAGUGAGACCAGUGUUAACAGUGAGACCAGUGAGAUCAGUGUUAACAGUGAGACCAGUGAGAUCAGUGAGACCAGUGGCACCAGUUAGACCAGUGGCACCAGUGACAUCAGUGACACCUCCUGUGGGGCAGCAGCAGUAGGACCGCAGUGUCCUGAGGAGUGGAUCAU